AAACUUGUGUCGACCGUCUGUCAAGCAAAACGAAGCGCUAUCGAGAGCACGUGUGGUAUAAAAAUUAACAAAAUAAACGAGGAAAAUUAGUUAAUAUUAAAUAUAUUUAAUUAUUAAAAAUAAUUCCACAAAAAGAACAAUGGACGAAAAUCCAGAUAAAUUAAAACUGCAAUAUUUAGCUGGAGGUAGUUUAGUCAAUCAUGCACCAAUCUUUUCUCCCGAUAGCAGUCUUCUUUUUGUUGUGACUGACAAAUGUAUCCAAGCAUAUUCUACCAAGACUGGCCUCGUUACUCAUGUCUUCGAAGGCACAAAAGAUUCUCUCAUUAGUUUAGAAUAUGAUUUACUUGAUGAGAAUAUUCUUGUGGCUUGUUCAAAAUCUGGCGAAGUCAUUCGUUGGAAAUGGGUCAACGGACGUGUGCAUAGUCGACUUCAACUAACAUUUAGUGAAGUCGCUGAAUAUCAAACAUUUAAUUUGAUGAAUUUACAUAAAAAAGGGGAAUCGUCGUACGCAUUUGUUACUUGCACCAGGCCAAAAUAUCCUGUUCAAUGGUUUAUUGUAAACACUGUGGAUGGAAAGCUGCUAAAACCUAGAAUGGAAAUGAUCUUAAAACGUACGAAAGCUAUUGUAGAUGUGAGUAAGACAUAUUUCAAAUAUUUGGUCAUUGCUCAGGGACCUUUUUUGUUUUUUGUCGAUUAUGAAAAAUGGACAUGGAGAAAAUUAUCAAAUGAAAUGAAAACACCAGUAAAAAGUGUAAAGACCCAUCCAACUGAACUAAUGGUAAUGACGGGAGAUGAAAAAGGAAAAAUUAUGCUUUGGAGAAACUUUUUCUUUGUCAACGAUACCGUUAGAAUGACUCUUCUCCAUUGGCAUCAUACUCAAAUUACAAGUAUAGUAUUUUCUCCAACUGGAUCAUCAAUUUUCAGCAGUGGACUUGAAGCUGUGUUAGUUAGAUGGAAUUUGAAUGAUUUUGAACAGCGUGACUAUAUACCCAGGGUGUCAUCAGUUAUUCUUCAAAUUGCAUUAGCCAGUGAUAAUUCAAAAUUGGCUAUAUGUACAGCUGACAAUGCCAUACAAAUUCUUGGUGUAGAUUUUAAAACCCAAUGUACCAUACAGAAUUUCACUUAUACUUUUGAUGACAAAACCAAAAAGGACAAAUUUCCAAUUGGCUUACGAAUUAAUCCUCGUCAAAGUACACUCGUAUUGAAUGGUAGAUCUGGUCAUCUACAAUUUUAUUCAGCUUAUAAAAAGGAAAUGCUUUACAAUGUGGACAUUGUAGGACAAAAUCAAAUUUGUUACGAAACUGAAAAGAUCAUGUACAACACACGUGUAACUCAAGUAGCACUUAACAUUGAUUGGAUGGCAACUGCAGAAGUAUUCAAUGAUGAAGAAUAUCUCCCUGAAGUUCGUCUUAAAUUUUGGUACUUUGAUGUUAAAUCUAUGAAUUAUCUUUUAAGAACAAAUGUUGGUCUACCCCAUGAAGGUGGCAUUAGAGCUAUUGAAUUCUCAAAUCCAAAUCAAGUUGAUAAUCUUUUAUGCGCGACUGUUGGUUUCGAUAAUAUCAUCAAAAUAUGGUCAAUAGAAUGCGCGUAUGACAAUAUUACAAUGGGAAUUAAAAUAUGGUAUUGCUCUGCACAGACUAGUUACAAGAACUUGCCAAUUGAAUCGAUUGGAUUCUCUGAAGAUGGUUCACUGUUAGCAGCUGGGUUCGGAAACACUCUUUGUGUGUAUAAAGCAGAGAAUUUGAAAUUACUAACUGCCCUCGUGCCGGGUGGAGGUUUUGAUGGCUGUGUGCGUAAGGCACAAAUUAGUGUUCCUAAAGUGAAUAAAAAUGGUUCCAAAAAUGACUCGAACACCAUGAGACAAAAAAUUGUCCAAUUAUUUUCGAAUAUCUUGCGCACAAACGAUGAGACUUUGCUGAAAGAAAUCAAAAACUCUGUAAAGACAAGAAGAAUUCAGGAAAUUCAAUCCAUUGACAAUUCACAAAAACAACUUUUGUAUAAGAAAAUUCGAUCAAUGAAUCAAUUGAAUUUGUUCCAAAAGCUUUUGUUAUACCAAAAGUUGGGAAUUUCAUUCCAAGUAUCCGAGGAAUGGCAUUCAAAGAUGGUCGAUUAUGUACAAGCAAAUGUUCCCAGUGCUAAUAUGAGUAAAAAUCUGGACAAACAAAUUCCUUGUUUGAAUUUAAAGACCCGUUUCAAAGCUAAAUACAUGAUCAACAAAUAUGUGAAACGAAAACAGAAUUAUGAUGAGAAUAUUGCCAAUAAAUUGGCUCCACUAUUGAGUUUGAUAAAGAUAAGUAAUAGCAUGCCAACUAAGCCAGUUUUGACGAAUGGCUUUGGUGGAGGACCUGAGGAGUCGAGUAGUAAUUCGAAAGUUCUUCCUCCAAUGCAAUCUCCGCUUUUAAUUAAAAAGAUUCUGUUUUGCCAUGGAGAUUUUGCACAUUUGGUAAUUGCGUGUACUGAAAACAGACUGCUCAUAUGGAAUUUACUUAAUCUUCGGCUACAGACUGUUUUGAAGCUAUCAACAGAACAAAUUGCAAUCGAUCCAAAAACUAAUUUAGUUUCUGUCUUUACUAAGAAUCAAGAAUUGUAUGUAUUUUCACCAACCGACGCAUUGACGUUAUAUUAUAGACAGAAUAUGCCACGUGUUUUAGGAGCUGUGUGGCUUCCAAGGAAUCAUCCAAAAUCACAAGCUUUUCUUGUUAAUUGGCAAUCUAGAUCGAUAUUGUAUUUCUUAACGGAUAAUAGUGAAAUAAUGUUUCUCGGAGAAGAUGAUGAUGUUGAACAGAAUCCGUUGACAUUUGCAAAUGAAUCAAAUGGUCCUGUUGCAAAAUAUACACCGUUUGGUACAUUUGCAACAAAUCAAAUAAAUAAUACACAAAACAAUCAAAUCACUCGUAAAGCAGUGUCGAUGGGUGUGCAUGGGAAAGCUGCUGUUAAAUCAUUUUUAGAAAUGUCCUCGCAUACGAUGGCUCCAUUAAGUUUAUUGUGCAAUGAUUUCUUGAAAUCAGUUAUUGAAUUAAAUUUACCAUCUGAAGAUAAGCAAUCGAAAGAAACUAAGAGUAAAACAUUAAAUGGUCACAUUGAUUCGAGUGACGACGAAGAAGACCUUUUGGGACAUCGGACUUUAAUCGAGAAAGCAGGUAUCACUACAAAACCCGCAACGGAAAGCAAAGCACUAAGUGAAGACUAUUUACAAAAAAUUGCUGCUGAAACGAUAGAAAUUGAGUUUUAAUGUUUAAACGCUAUUUAUAGUUAAAAGAUGUGUAGUUGAGGUUGACUGGAAGAGAAGUGUACAAAACGUUAUUUUUCUUUGUAUAAAAUAAUAAUAAAUAUUUUUUUUUAAUAAACAAAA